GGGGGAAAGGGAGGAAGGAAGGGCGUGGCUUAUCCCAGGGAGGGGGACACCCAGAGGACUCCAGACUGGGCGCGACGCCGAGCCUCGGAGGGUCUCUGCCCCGAAGGAAGCCCUAAACUCCGGGACUGCUGCUGCCGCCGCCUCGACCGGCCAUGGAUUGCGACGGCUACCCCGCGUGCUUGGACGGGAUAGAAUACGACGAUUUCCAGUUUGGCCCUCAUUUGAAUGAGCAUAAGGAUCUCAUGGAAACGGUUGAAGGCCCGUUCCUCACUAUAAUUGAGCAGCCAAAGCAGCGAGGUUUCCGCUUCCGAUAUGGCUGUGAAGGUCCCUCCCAUGGUGGACUUCCUGGAGCAUCUAGUGAGAAGGGACAUAAGACUUACCCCACAGUUAAGAUCUCCAAUUAUUUUGGGAUGGCUAGGAUAGAAGUGGACCUGGUGACUCAUACUGACCCUCCGCAGGUGCAUGCCCACAGCCUCGUGGGAAAGCAGUGCAACGAAGCUGGCAAUUGCAUUGUAACUGUGGGCCCAAAGGACAUGACGGCACAAUUUAACAACCUGGGUGUGCUCCAUGUGACCAAGAAAAACAUGAUGGAGGUCAUCCGGGACAAGCUGAAGAAGCAGAAGUUGCGGACCAGAGUGCAGUCUCUGACAGAAUCUGAAGAAGAGGAGAUUGAGCAAGAGGCUAAGGAGCUGAAGAAAACAAUGGACCUCAGCAUUGUCCGGCUGCGAUUCAGCGCCUACCUUCGUGACAGCAGUGGGAACUUCAGCCUGGCGCUGAAGCCGGUUAUCUCGGACCCUAUCCAUGACAGCAAAUCCCCCGGGGCUUCCAACCUGAAGAUCUCAAGAAUGGACAAGACAGCUGGCUCCGUGCGAGGCGGGGAUGAAGUUUACCUGCUGUGUGAUAAAGUCCAGAAAGAUGAUAUUGAGGUGCGGUUUUAUGAAGACGAUGAGAAUGGCUGGCAGGCCUUUGGGGACUUCUCCCCUACGGAUGUACAUAAACAGUACGCCAUUGUGUUCCGCACGCCACCCUACCACAAGACCAAGAUCGAGCGCCCGGUCACCGUGUUCCUUCAGCUGAAGCGCAAGCGAGGGGGUGACGUGAGUGACUCCAAGCAGUUUACCUACUACCCGGUGGUGGAAGAUAAGGAAGAAGUGGAGAGGAAGAGGAAGAAGACCUUGCCCCAGUUCCCUCAGCACUUUGGGGGCGGCUCGCCUAUGGGAGGCGCUGGGGGUGGAGCUGGAGGAUUUGGUUCUGGCGGAGCUGGGAAUCCUUGGCACUCAGCAGGAUACAGCUCUUGCAGCAACAGCAGCAUCUACCUCUCCGGCACCUACCCGAUGGGCAACUACCAAGGAGGGAGGGGCAUCCACAUGCCAGGAACUUCCAAGCCGGAAGAGGGGGAGCAGCAAACAUUAGAAGAUGGGAGCCGGAUCUCCGCGGAGGAAAAGCGCUACGCAGAACUGCUGCAGCAUGCUCAGGAGUGCAGCUCGUGGAUGCUGAUGCUGGCUCGGCGCAGCUCCCGGGCUCUUCUCGACUACGCAGUCACGGCCGACCCACGGAUGCUGCUGGCUGUGCAGAGGCACCUGGCUGCCUCUCAGGACGAGAACGGAGACACACCUUUGCACCUGGCUAUCAUCCAUGAGCAGACAGCUGUGAUUGCACAGCUGGUCCAAGUGGCAGUCAGCAUCCCCAACCAGCAGAUCCUCAACAUCGCAAAUCACUUGCAGCAGACACCUUUGCACCUGGCUGUGAUCACCCGCCAGCCCAGGGUGGCUGGGUUCUUGCUGCAGGCUGGUGCGGACCCCACUCUGCUGGAUCGCUAUGGCAACUCCGUAGUGCACCUGGCGCUGCAGCUGGGGGAUGAAGAGAUGCUGAAGACCCUCCUCUGUCACCUCGGCUCCCACACCCUCCAGCUCCUGGAAACACCUAAUUAUUAUGGCCUUUUCCCUGUGCACCUCGCUGUGAAGUGCAAGAACCCGGCCUGCAUCGAGCUGCUUGUCGAGAAGGGAGCGGAUGUGAACGCAGCCGAGCGGCAGAGCGGCCGGAGCCCUUUGCAUCUUGCUGUGGAGAUGGAGAACCUUAACCUGGCGACGUACCUGUUGAAGAAGCUGGGAGCUGAUGUGAAUGCCCAGACGUCGGCUGGCAAUACGCCUCUUCACCUGGCAGCAGGCAUGGGCUCCCCCAUCCUCACCAGGAUGCUGAUCAAAGCAGGGGCAGAUGUCCUGUGUGAGAACGACGAGCCCAUCUCGGCCCCCUCGUCUAACCCAGGCAGCGAUGUGGAGUUGGAGCAGGAAGAGGAGGAGGAAUGGGUCAUGGAGCUGGGAGAGGCCCUGGUGGAGCCGGGUGCAGACAGCGUGGCUGAGCUGAAGAGCAAAUGGCCUGAGAAGCAGGGGCGGGGGCACACGCCAUUGGACUUGACUUCGAGCCAGAAGGUGCGGGAGAUACUGCAGCAAGCCUUGCUGCAGAACCCAGAAAGGGAGCAGUCUGCCGAGACUCCUGCUUCCAGGCAAGGAAGCGUCCUGUCUCUGAAUAGCGACACCCUCCAGAGUCUAGAGAAGCUUCUGAACCAUGACUGCCAAGGGGCAGACUGGGCAGAGCUAGCCAAGAGACUGGGCCUCUGCAGCCUGGUGGAGACCUACAGAGGAGCAGAGUCGCCCAGCAGAAGACUUCUUCUGAGCUACGAGCUUGCUGGCGGCAGCCUCAAGGGUCUGCUGGAAGCGCUUGACUCCAUGGGACUGACGGAGGGAGUGAAGUUACUGCAGAGACCAGAGACGUUCGUCAAGCUGCAGAAUACAGAGCUGAAGGAAGAUAGCGCCUAUGGGAGCCAGUCCGUGGAAGAGGAGCCAGCAGCCCUGCCUGGGAAGCUUCCACCAGCCUCCUCGCUGGAAGUCCCACCUUUCUUGCCUCACAGCCAGCAGGAGCAAGUGCACUGAUACGAGAGAAGCCGGAGCCUCGCUGGGGGAGGGGUGAUCUCGGACAUGUGCCUCUUGGACCCAGGACUUGGGCAUCAGGAGCUGGGAAGGCCGUGCAGAGCUCGGCGCAGCUCUGAUUUUCACGGCUGGUCUGCACAAUGUAGGAAGGACUGUUGCAGUUAGCUCAGCCCGCCUUGCAUUCACCAGACCUUCACCAAAUGUGGGAGAUGGGGAUAAGCAGUUGUUUUGUCCUGGUGCCUUUUAUCCAAUUCUGAUUCCAAGCCUGAUCAGGACUUUGGGUCUUCUGCUCUUCCUGAGACAACCUUGCUCCCCGGCAUCAGCCAUGUCACCUGUGAUGGGUUAGGUUUCGUUGGACAAUGGAUGCUGUUUACUCCUGAGCUCCUGGACUGCCCCACAAAUUGGUCCCCUUUUAGUGCCUUUUUAUAGUCCUAGUGAUUCAGGUGCCUGUCUUCUCCUUGGGAAUUAAUGGCUCUACAGAACUGAAUUUUCACCUGUGGCUUGGUAAUUUGGGGCAGAACCCCCAAAAUGCGUUCAGACGAAAGAAACCCUACGUUUGGCACAACCCUCGUGUCAUGCGAAGCAGGGUAACAGCCCUUUCAGAACCUUGUGAACAAAUUUGUUGCUUAGUCCUACGAUCUAAUUUGGAUUUGAGCAAACCCUUACGUAAUGGCUCAUCUUGGAAAAUUUGCUAACAUGCAAUUUUAACAAUUGCCUAUCAGCAGGUGUCCAGUCUGCACAUUGUUUUCAAGUGACAAAGAAUGCCAUUCAAUGUCAGUAAGCAGUUUCGACAAGUGAAGCAAGAAGGAUGUUCUGGCCGUUGGUAGCUGCUGACAGUUGUGCUUCCUAGUCAGAGGUGUGUGAGCGGGGAGAGCUCUUGCAAUGUUGAGUAGCUAAAACUUUGAUGUAAAGAUUUGCAGUUAGGAAUCCAUGCUGGUUUGUUGGGGGGGGGGUCUUCUGAGCUGAAGAUUCCAACCUUGGCUCAGAACCCCCCCCCCCCCCCAGUUCUGUUAAGGGAAUAAAUGAUGCAAAUUUGCAUGUACACAGCAAAGAGGCCUUUUCAGGAGAACUUGGCCCUUUCGAUAGAAGAAGGAAACCGGCGCAUCAGAGGACAAAAGUAUCGAGUGGAUGACUGACAAGUUCUGCCACAACCGCACUCCAAUUUCUAAGCCUUUGUAGUUUUCAAAAGACUUCUGUCAUAGAGAACAGACUUGUGCUUUGUGGAUAAUUUUUUUAAAUAAAUAAAAAUCCCAGGGUGAUUA